AUGGCCUCCAACCGAUCCCGGCGUAUCGCAAAGGAAAUAGCCGAUAUACACGCCGAUACGCAGUCUGGGAUCACAGCCGAACCAGUAGGCAGCGAUGAAGACCUCACACAUCUACGCGGUACAUUUCCGGGGCCCCCAGGUACUCCGUAUGAGGGCGGCACCUACGUUGUGGAUAUAAAAAUACCAACGGACUAUCCGUUUCGGCCGCCAGUAAUGAAAUUCCAUACCAAGGUCUGGCAUCCGAAUAUCAGUAGCCAAACGGGAGCUAUUUGCCUUGAUACUCUGUCGUCGGCGUGGUCCCCCGUUCUCACCAUCAAGUCCGCUCUGUUGUCACUACAAUCUCUGCUUAGCACCCCCGAGCCUAAGGAUCCUCAAGACGCUGAGGUUGCCACUAUGCUCCUACGGAAACCAAAGGAAUUUGAGAGAGUUGCCCAAACCUGGGCUACUCUGUAUGCUGGGGCUCCUAGCAAGAAUGCGGGAGAGGGUAGUGGUGGCGCUACUAACGAAUCGCUGCGACAGCAAGAGCUUAAGUCAAGGGAGGAACAGGAGAAGGAAGAUUUAGCUAAAUAUGAUGGGUACAAUAAAGACUUGAUCGACCGCUUCUGCAGCAUGGGCUUCGAUGUGGACCGUGUAGUGGCCGCCUUCAAAUACUACGGUAUUGAUCGGAUGAACGGAGAAGACUACGAAUUAGAAGAGGCCUACAUGGGCGACGUUACUGCACGGCUCCUAGGUGAGCCGUAA